UCGGAUCCUACCUCGGCAGCCUUCCUCCACGGCCACUCGAAGACUGGCGCGCGCUGUGAUUGGCUGUGCGGACUGCGCAUGUGCGCGGCGACAGUGCUGCCGCGACGACCGCAGCGCGCAAUGUUCUCGCAGCCUCGCCGCUCGCCGGUCGCCAUGGACCAGGACAAGGACAAGGACGAGGUGUCCAUGUCGCCGGCAGGGGAGUCCGUCCAAGGGCCCGCACUGCGACAGCUGAUGUUCGGAGUGAUUGCCAAUCUGGUCGCUCUCUCCCCGGGAAUGAGUCUGGGCUUCUCGGCCGUGGCUCUGCCUCAGAUGAUGAAGUUCGAUGGCAUCGACGAGCACCAAGCCUCGUGGAUCGCGAGUCUGGCGGCCAUCUCGACCCCAUUCGGCUGCAUCCUGAGCGGGCCCAUCCUGGACCGCCUGGGCCGGCGAGUGGCGAUGCUGGCGGUGAACGCGCCCUGUCUGCUGGGCUGGCUGCUGCUCGCCGCAGCACCGCGCCACAGCGGCGCCACGACGCUCAUCUACCUGGGCCGCGUGCUGACGGGCUUGGGCGCCGGCCUAGCCUGCACCCCGGCCACCGUCUACCUGGGCGAGUCGGCGCAGCAGUCCCUGCGCGGCGUGCUGGUCACCUGGACAUCCAUCGCCUUCUCGCUCGGCAUCCUCGCGGUGUACGUGCUGGGCGCACUCUUCCAGGAGCACUGGCGCCUGGUGGCCGGUCUCUCUGCAGCAGUGCCCCUGCUGGCGGGCCUCUGCGUGCUGCUGCUGCCCGAGAGCCCCGUGUGGCUGGCGCGCCAGGGCAGGCCCGCGGCCGCCGAGGCGUCUCUGCGCCGGCUGCGUGGCGUGGCCGCCUCUGCAGACACGCCCGCGCACCUACGCCGAGAGCUGGCCUCGCUGGCCGUCCAGGCGGCGCGCCGCACUGUCGCGCGCGACUUGGGGCAUCUCAGGCGGCGGGAGUGCCUCGCGCCCUUGCUCAUCAUGAACCUGUUCUUCUUCUUCCAGCAGGCCUCGGGCGUGUUCGUGGUCAUCUUCUACGCCGUGGACGUGGUGCAAGAGGCCGGGGUGGAGAUCGAUAAGUAUUUGGUGACCGUGUUGAUAGGCCUGACGCGACUGGUGGUGACGAUUUUCAUCAGCUAUGCUUCGAAAUCAUUCGGAAGGAGGCCGUGUGCAAUCGUAUCUGGCUCGGGAAUGACCCUGUCAAUGGGUUCCUUAGCAACUUACCUAUUUUGCGUGAACAAUAAACUUCUUAGUGAUGAAACAAUUGACAAAAUAAACUGGUAUCCUGUACUCGCGCUAAUCGUAUACAUCUCAAUGAGUACUGUUGGGUUUCUCACUUUACCAUUCGCCAUGAUUGGCGAGGUCUACCCCGCGCAAGUGAGGGGACUGGCUAGUGGUGUCACGACAUGUUUUGGUUACGUCUGUAGUUUCAUUAUCGUCAAGCUUUAUCCUGACAUGUUGGAGAUGCUCGGAAGGCAUGGGUUGUUUUUAUUUUAUUCCGUUAUGUCGUUGGCGGGGACGUUUUUUGUUUUUUUAUAUUUGCCAGAAACUCGUGGAAAGUCUUUGAGCGAUAUUGAAGAAUACUUUUCCAACAAUGGUUCAAAAAUAAAAAACGUUUUACGACAAGAAAAUCAUGUUUCGCAAAAUCAAGCCGGUGAGAUGACUAUUUUAGUAAAUGAAGAUCAAUUUAGCACUAAACUCAUUGUUCCAGAUGUUGACAAAUAUGAACACUGAACUAGGCCUGAUAAGUUGUACCAAAGAAUUUACCAACAGAAAAACGGAAACUUCAUCUUUGGCAAUUUUCAACUAUUAUUGUUAUGCUGUUGUGUGUUCGGUUAAAAUUAAUUGGUUUGAAUAAGCAACCCAUACCAUUUAAUUGCUAGUUUUAGAAAUGUACCUUAACAUUUUCGGCCAUAAAGAUUUAUUUUUUUA